UUGGGGAUUGUUAUUGUUUUGAUUGCUCACACGCCGUACAGCCAACAAUCCAACCGUAGAGCCAUCCAAAUCAAGUUCUUUUGCACAAUUUACGUAAUGGAAUCGAAAGACGACGAUUACUGGAAUGAUUCGGCGAAUAAAUCGUUUAACUUCGACGAAGACGAUGUGGCUGUCCUCGAAAUUGCGACCAACAACAAACGAAGCCUGUUCGGUGAUGAUACCGCAUCGGAAUCGAACUAUGCCGGGGGCCAAAUGGAACUCCCACUGCACAGCAUCAUUUCGGACGAGAAUCUCGAACUCAUAUUGCAAGAACAGUCGCGCAACGAAAUGACCAUACCGAAGGGUAUAUCCCUCGAGGAGGAAGUAAAACUGCUGCGCAAGAAGAUACAAGAGUUUAAUUACGCACCCACGACGGCAUCCGUCGUCCGGAAGCUGAUCCUCGGCAAACCAUGCUCGCUAGAAAUGUUCCGUUCGAUGGCCGAAAAAGAGCAACUGCUAGAUGAAGCGAUCGGUUCCGGGUGUGGUAAUGCGAUCCUCAAAGUAACCCUGUUUCUUGAUCAAACGCUGAAGAAGAAGCUUUUCUACACGCUGCUACAGACUCGGCCCGAAGCCGUUUGCCAUUAUGUGAAUUAUUUGUCCCUUCGGUUGAAAGUGACCGAAUGCACUGAUUUGCUGGUUUUUUUAGGAAGACACCACGAAGCGAGUUUACUGCAAUUUUCCAUCUUUGUAUGCAGCACAUCAAAUCUCGACAUUAAACGACAGCGCCUGAAAAAGAUUUACAGCGAUUACUUCUCCCAACCGGGAGCCAACACAUUCUACGCCCAAUUGGUGAUUAACUACUUGAAUCUUUUAGAAUACCAAACCGGAGAGCUUCACUCGUCGGGAGGAAGCAGCAAAGCGGUGGCCAUUCAGGACAAAUCAGUGCUGGAAACAUUGAACUACGUUUGUGGGAAGUACAAAUGGGGCGAUACAUCUCUACAGACGAACGACAAUCCGUUCAAGCUGGUCGAAAAUCAUCAGGUUUCACAGGCCCAGUUCGAGUGGGUAGCUUUGAAUGAACGUGCCAAGCAACAGGCGUGGCUUGAUUUUGAUCACAUAUUCGAGAGAAAAGCGUGGUUGAAUUUGAAGCAAAAAUCAUUUAAAAUUAACAUACCAAUAGACCGCACGAUACUGCGACUGCAUGCACUGCACGCACCCGAUCCGGUUCUGAACACGUUCCUUGCCAAGCUGGAAGAUCCGCAGAGGAGAUUGGCUCUGGCGAGGAAGGUGCAUUCGAAGCAUGGUAUCGUGGAUGCGUUAGUUCUGCUGAAGGAUCGAGCAGAACUGGAGCAGUAUCGAAACUCGCUUGAUUCCGGGACAGAGGAGCGACUUUAUGCGGAAAAUGCUCUCAAAUCUCUGAACAAUAAGUGGAAAAGCGAUGCUAUGAAGCUAAUCAAGUAAUAAAAUAAAAAUCAGAGACGCAAGUUGAUAUUUGAUGGAUUUCAAAAUACGAAA